GCCCACUCCAUAUCUUAAGCGGAAGGACCAAUUCUGGGCGUUUACGGCGGGGUCCCUGCAUUCGUGGGACCUUUCCUAUUAUCCCAUCCCCAUAUCGCCAACUUACUCUCGUUACUUUCUAGGAAGACUUCGAUGCCCUAAGUCCUAUCCGACUGUGUACACCAUUCGUCCUAUAGUUCUCUCGCACUCCUAUGGAUGAUGGACGCACAUCAGCAAUUUGCAACCAAUGGGGCCAGUAGUAGUCCGCCUCGCACAGGCCCUCUCAGUCGUGCCUGGCCACAGUUAUUCAAGAAGAGGAGGAGACAGCAUAGUCCCGCCAGAGAUGUAGCCACACCACUCAGUUACUCAAGUUCGGAACGUUCGUCAAUAUCUGGUGUGUCGGGAUCACCCGUGCCACCGCAAUUCAAGAUACCCAUCCCCAAACAUUCUUCCUCCAAUGCUCCCUCCAUCUUGUCUGAUACAGCUUCCACCUCCACAAAUUCAACAAACCAAGCAGACCUGCUUGCUCAAAAGUCAAACUACGAAUGGAUCGCCGAAGGCCGUCACGCAGAGAUGGGCCUGCACUUCUCGACCGCCAUGGCGACGGGCGUUAUGAUGCGGCGUGCGACUCACCGCGCAGCGGAGCAGGCUCGUCGUGACCGCAUGAAGUCUGCCAUGGUCGAUCUCGCCGAGUUCAUUUUCGACGGCGAAGUAACCUUUGGAAGCGGGACCAGCUGUUUUGUCGUCUCUCGAGGCGAUGGGGAAGCCAAGGACGGGGUCAUGAGGGAUGUGCCAACUGAGACUGAGGCCGACGCGGAAGGCAAGACGGCCAUCAAAGGUGGUAAAAAAGGGCAGAACAUUAACAAGGCCCGUAUCAUAGAAAUGGCACUAGAGAAGCUCAAGAGACAAGAGGUGGAGAUCGCAAAAUUGGAGGAGCAGUUGAGGGACUGCAACUGUCGGAUGGAUACCUCGGAGUAGUCCGAGAAUAUCACGUGAAAGGUCAUGGAGCCUGGAGGGUUGCACGAUGAUUGGGCGUCAUGAUGAAGAAAGACUUAAGGAAGACCAUGACCAGAGACCUGGAGAAGAAGUUCAGAAGAAAAGAAGAGGAGAGGAGAGCAGAAGAGGAAAGUGUGCGGCGGACAAAAUUAUUACAUCGAUAUCCC